AAACCACAAGUAAGAGUUUAAUAUACUCUACCUUUCUGAGUUCCUUUAAGAACGAAAUUAUCACUACCCUUCUAAGUACUCAGAAUGACAUCCCCUUCUGCUGAUCUUGUUAUUAACUAGAAUACGACUUUGUGUUAAGGCACGGUUAUACGGGCAACUUAAAUAUAUGAUAAGUCGGUGUAUAAAGGAACCGGUGAUUCUUUGAAUAGGAAGGUGGUCGGGUGAUGCGGUGAAGCGUGUGUUUUUAACAUCCUACUGGAGGGUUUUAUUGAGAUGUUGAAUGCGGACAGGGUUUAACAGAAGUUAAUGACGGCGCCGCGGCGAUGUGCGUUGCCCUAUUAAAAUAGCAUCUUCUUCAUUCGAUACGACGAACGCGAAGACGUCGAGAUGCGGUUUUGGGACUCGUAGAAAACGGCAGCUUCGGGAUAAGUACUUCUUCUCAUCGACUGUCUCAUCGCUUGCACCCCGGAGCGGUGUUUGGAUACAGAAACUAAUACGUGUUUAAACACCCGAGAAAAUCCUGCUGGUUGAGGUCGUGUAACAUUGAGAUACCUCGAGGAGUUUCCAGUGCCAUCCCCCGUCAGAUAGACGUGUCGAAAUCUGACUGUUUGUCUAAGACUUGCUUGGCAAGCUGAAGUUUACCCGGGUCUCGACCUCUGUCUCGCAUUGUCAUCUCUGCCGCUCGGCUCGGUCAAAGUCACGCCAGAGGUGCGCUGGGUAUUUAAACGGAGCGCCUGUCCCUUUUCCUACUCGCAAUGUCAAUUUACAAGUCUCUCCUGUGAUUUAUUAACUUUGUUUGUAUUCAUCUAUUUUUUUGAUUGAGUGACGUUACAGCAUUCCUAUUUUAGUCAAUAGGCCUGCCUCCGUGGUGUGAAAAUUGCCCUCUUUAAAUACAAUAGCGUCUAAGUCAAUUUGACAGAAAGAAAACCGACAAUUCCUUGGUGCGUUCACCUUAUUUCUAGGACUGGUAUUUUUCUACUCGGAGAUUGACAAAUACGAGUUCUCAUUUUCUUCUCCCUUCACUCUCACUCUCUCUCUCUACAGUGUGUAUUUGUUUUCAUGGUAAAUAUAAUUCAAUUCAACAUUGCUAAACUAUUGCUUUGCAAACAUUCAUGAGAGGCAAUUAUGACAGGAAUUCCAUCUUCAUGCUUUCAUUAAUUUCCAAUUUUCGGGUGAGAAUGAGGAGGUGAAAGGAUCAGCUACGUGACAUUGCCAAAGAACUCCUUGUUUAAAACCCCCUAUCAUAUCACAUCAUCUUGAAAUCGAUAUGGAUUACAUACACCAUCCUUUUAUUACUGACGUGCAAGAAGCAACUCGUGAAUUUAUUGGUAUCAGAGGAGUUAAGAAACAACGUAACAUCAUCCUAGACUGACGGAGAUCGCGUGUUUUGAACCUUCUUCGGCAGUUCAGUUUGAUGAGAAAAAAUCUGAGUAUACUUUUGUUAAGAAAUUGAGAAAGAGGACCGUGGACCAGGAAAGUUAAAAGGGAAAGAAGGAGAACAGCAAAGAAUGAGAAAGAUUGACAGAACGACUGAUGAACAAGGAGAAACAGCAAUUGCACCUUAGUGGAUUAACGGUGUAGGAAACAGAAAGAAACAGACUUUGAAGAGAAGAAAAUAUUGCAAAUGCCCAAAGUGGAAUAAUCGCGUUCAAGAGAACACUCUAGUGGAGAAUCCUAAAUUAAUCGAAAUGGAUGUGUAUUCAACAGGGACUCUUCUUAUCUGGCUCCUACAAAUAUUUGUCCUGGAAACUUGCAUGCUGCUCUUAGCCCAAGGUGGAACUGUGGAGAGGAGGAUGGGCCACGCCUGGAACUCACCAGAGACCUCCAAAUUCUGCAAGUCCCAUACCUGGUUCACCAGGCAACAGCUCAAGCUAUGCCAACUCCACCCCGACAUCAUACCCAGUGUGACCCAAGGGGCGAUGUCAGCCAUCUACGAGUGCCGUUACCAGUUCAGGAACGAACGGUGGAACUGUCCAGUCAGCAACGUCACAUCAGUCUUCGGCAAGACAAGGUUAAGAACAAGAAAUCCCGAAAUGGCCUACCUUCAGGCCUUGGUAUCCGCGGGUAUCAUGUAUGACGUCACAAAAGCAUGUGGUACAGGCACGGUCCUCCAGUGUGGAUGCGACCGGGUAUUCGGUCAGAAUAACCCCGAUGUCGAAUGGAAGUGGGGCGGUUGUUCGGAUAAUCACGAAUACGGCAAUCAUUUUACAGAAACGUUCAUCGACGACUCGACGGGUAAAAAGACGGCGGCCGAUCUGAUGGCGGUACAAAAUUACAGAGCCGGAAGAAAGGUUAUUGAGAAGAACAUGACGAUCAAGUGCAAGUGUCACGGUGUAUCCGGAUCCUGUACGUCAAAGGUUUGCUGGAACGCUAUGCCAAAGUUACGUCAAGUCAGCGAGUUCCUCUUGAAAUCGCACAUACAGGCCUACCACAUGACUUACUCAAAACGGAGCCUCAGGUUGCGCCCCCUCCAGGAGCGAAACCGAAACCCUUCCAAAACGGACAUCGUGUAUCUCACCCCGUCCCCCGACUACUGCGAGCCCAACAAGCGGCACGGGUCGGUCGGGACGCACGGACGGCGGUGCAACAAGACAAGCACCGGUGUGAACGGAUGCAGACUAAUGUGCUGUGGGCGUGGCUAUCAAACUAUGCUAAGACACGUGACUGAAAGUUGCCACUGUCGAUUCCAGUGGUGUUGCUCGGUGGAAUGUGAAACAUGCAGUCGCGUUGAGGAGCUUCAUGUAUGUAACUGAUGCCACGACAUGCCUUAUUGGACAAUUGAACAUUUUUUACGCAAAAUGGAUAUAUUUAAGAAGUCUUUAAAAAUGUUGAUAUUAUUGCAUAUCUAUAUAUUUUGGUGCUGUUAUUCUUUUUUUGUUCUAAUGACAAUGUCCUUUCCGUUGUCGACAAUAUUUCUCUGUGGUAUGUGCUUGCUCAUUAACUCGACAUGCUACAUUUAAAUGAAUUAUAGUGAAUUACCACUUGAAACCGAUACAUAUUUUACAAUGGUUGAAUGAAUGACGUCAUUUAUCUAUUUCUAAUCAAUGAUGUGCCUAAAAGUUAUGUUUAAUGACAGGUUUUGUGCACGGAACCUUGGAGAAUACAAAAAUGUGUCAAGGUCGGGGUUAAAACUGAUUAGUAGAUGGCUUGAAUAUUUGGUUUGUAUGAGGGUUCUUCGACUCCAGUUAUUUAUUUGCCUCUCAUGCAUGAAAAUAUUAUGAUUGUAACCAUGGUAACCAUAUGGAGUAACAAUGGUAAUUGACAAGGUGUCAACCGCUGAAGUGACAAUUUAUUUUUUUAUUAACGGUAAGAGCGAUCACAUACAUUCAUCACAAAACCUUCAUUAAUGUGAUAUAGCUAAGAGUCCAACUUUGCACUUUUAAUGAAAUUGUUUUUAUUAUUAUUAUAAAGGGUGCAGACCAAAGCAACACCGGGGGUACGUUUAAAGGUAUAACGUUGCUCCUUCUUUGCACCUUUCAGAAAGGAAACCACAUAUACUAAUGUUCCCAUUGUGACACUGGUCUGCCAACCGACUCCAUAUUACACAGAACGAAGAUGCUUGACAGACCACCGAAAGACCGAAAAUUGGCAAGGUCUCUCGACUCUGAAAGACUGAUUGAUACUCAUUGUCUUGCUGAACUUAGACUGAUCAUACAGUGAUCCAUCAGGAGUAUUUCAUUGGUAUUUUAGAGAGCUUUUAUGCAACAAAUUGUCAUUCGGCAAUCCUUCCAUAGACAUUCACUGGUGUUUCAAUACAAUAAUCUUUCAAUGAUCUCUCAUGAAUCUUUCAGUGAUUUCUGAAAACAUCUUGAGAGACUGUCGAAAGAUCAUGGAAAAAUCAUUGAAAGACUAAACAAGACAUUUUAAACUUCAUGCAUUGGUUGUUGAUUGAUAUUUAUUUUUAUUAAUUUCAUUUAAAUAUACCCUAGGAAUAAAUGACAGAUACAAAGAGAAAAAAAAGUUUCUUGAAAACAU